AUGGUUCCUCUUCCAGCACUCAACUAUAAAGUGGACGCUAUGGAUUUUACUUUAAUCGGUGAAGGUGGCCUUCCCCGUCCUCCGACCGAGAGGGAGCGCACUCUAUUAUCUCACCUCUUCCCAUCGCAGUUUGGUUUCUGCAUCGAUGGCCCCUUUCUCGUUGUCUAUGUGAGCGAGUUACCUGCCAGACCUUGGCCUCGUUUGGUAGCUGGUCUUCCUUUAUAUCUCGCAACAACAGCGUUUGAGUCCCCACUGCCUGUAGGUGGUCUGGGAAUUGUCAGGUGGAGUGUUCUUGAUGAUCUCGACGCAACGAAUACAUCCUCCCAAGCGUUAUAUCAAGCGGUCAUUGAUUUCUUUGAGAGUAAGGGAGUUCAAAUCCAAGAGAUCCAGUGGAUGUUUGGCUGCUGGAGAAUUGUUGUACCCGAAGGCACAGGGAUAUCAAGCCUCCCGGGUAGAAUCUGCCGCAUAGCCGCGUUUUAUUUCUCCAAAGGCUACCGUCAUAAUAUUCCCCCAGUCGAGCUCGCACUACGUAACAAACAGCCUACGAAAGACAACCCAGACGAUUCCCCAUAUUCAAUAAUUCGGCCGGGGGUAACUGUAGCUUCCAAGGAGUUUCUCACGACCGCAGGAAUCUUCGUGGAAGACGCUCAUAAGACUAUCUUUCUGACUGUGGCUUCGCAUGGUUUCCCUACAGCCAAUAGCGCGGUUUUUCAUCCACAGACAAACGGGAGGCAUAUCGGAGACGUCUCAAAGAGGAUAGAAGAUUCCGGUAUUUCACUUGUCAAGCUCAAGGAAGACGUUAAGUUUGAGAACCACAGCUUUCAAAGCGAUAUUGAACCGCAUGGAGUCAUGCUUAAAUCAAUCAAAGACCCUUUCGCAGUCCGUCGGUUUGAGACUAUUUCUAUGGAUACGCCGUUUAGCGGUCCUGUUGACGGCCAGUUUCUGACAGUAAACAUGGUCUCAUUUCCUGAGAAGAACUGCAAAGCUAGACGAUGGGUUAAGCAAGGGUGGGUCUGGUUUGGGCAAGACCCGAAGGAUAUACCUCCGGCUGGCAGCUGUGGAUCGGCGAUAUGGGACUCUGAGGGUAAUAUCAUAUGCUUCUUUCGAUAUCUUAGCGAUGACAGUAUCGGGAUUGGGGUUGCGGCGUACGAACUACUGGAAGAGGGUUAUUCGCUCUGCAGGACUGAUAAGGCGCGGCUGUCAUUCUAA